GCCAACAGUUGUUUUCAAAGCUUUCGUGGGUGGUGUCGUUUUCCUGGUGCUUUGCCCAUUCAGCUAAUUCCCCUAUUUUAUUUAUUUUUUUUAUGGCCGGCAGUUUGUAAUCUUAUCGGAAAUCAAACAUUAGCGGCCGAUGAGUCGGAUCGCAAAUUGUAAUUGAGUUUUGAGUAAUGUUAUAUUUUCGAUAUUAUAUUGUUUUCAUUGGUCAAAGGGUCUGCAACGCGUGAAUCGGAGAUAUUUUUUGAAAAGUGUUAUUGAUUUAUGUGUAAAAAAUAUUGAAAAAUUUGUCACUGCAAAUUGCAAUACUUAUAAAUUUUAAAUUAAUCAAAACACUAACUGGCCUGGAAGCCUAAACCUAUCCCACUAAAUUUUUCCCUGCCUGAUCCCGUCGAGAAUCUAGAGCCAUAAAUGUCUCUAAAACAGCGGCAGAGGGAUGUGGAGGGUGAUGUACCACCGGACAGCAUUUCCAUGGAGGAGAUGCCCCUCAAUCGGACAAAUGGAGGUGGCAUCAACGGCAUAGGAGAGCAGGCGGAGGACCGACGCCGAAUGCGCCUGAUCUUCGACAAAUACGACUCCGAUGGCGAUGGCCUGAUCAGUACGCCGGAGCUAAAAGCACUAAUUGCAAGCGCCAACUGCCGGGAUAUGCCUCCUCACAUGGCCGAGCAGAUCAUGAGGCGCAGUGACGAGGAUCAUGAUGGCAGCCUGGAUUUUGAGGAGUUCUAUGCAAUGUCCCUGCGCAAUCGGUGGAUUAUGCGACGGGUGGUGGCUCGCUAUUGCCGCUAUGUGGUGGCACCACCAAAACCCAAGACUCCGGAUGAAGUGGAUGGGGAAUACGAGAGACAGAUGUCACUCUGUCCGCCACCGCUUACCAUGAUCAUCUUCUCAAUUGUCGAAAUCAUUGCCUUCCUGGUGGACGUGAUACACUUUCAAGAUGACCCCGAGUAUGAAGGUAAUAUUGGUGAAAGUAUUAAUGGACCGGCAGCUACGUUGUGCAUCUACAAUCCGUACAAGCGUUACGAGGCCUGGCGUUUCGCCAGCUAUAUGUUUGUCCAUGUGGGACUACGCCAUCUGGUGAUGAAUCUGAUUAUUCAAAUCUUUCUGGGCGUUGCCCUGGAGCUGGUGCAUUCGUGGUGGCGUGUGUCUUUGGUCUAUCUGGCCGGUGUCCUUGCCGGGUCUAUGGGCACCUCCCUGAGCAGUCCGCGCACCUUUCUGGCAGGUGCCUCGGGAGGAGUGUAUGCGUUGAUUACCGCUCAUGUAGCCACCAUAAUAAUGAACUACUCGGAAAUGGAGUAUGCCAUAGUUCAGCUGUUUAUCUUCCUUGUUGUGAUCUUUGCGGAUCUGGGCGGUUCGAUAUAUCAUCAUCUGACGGAUGAGUAUGAUCGGAUUGGGUAUGUGGCUCAUCUGUCUGGAGCCGUGGCCGGUUUACUGGUUGGGAUUGGAGUGUUGCGGAACCUGGAGAAACGACCCUGGGAGCGCAUCCUCUGGUGGAUAGCUGUCAUUGUUUAUUUUGCACUAAUGUUUACUGGAAUCCUGGUUCAUAUCUUCCUGCCCGAUUACUUCCCUAAGCCGGCAUAUAAUUAAGAUUGAAUUGAAGUUGCCAAAGGUUUUAAUUAUUAUUUGAAUCCUUUUGUGGAUAGGACAUGAAAAGC